AUGAUGGUUCGUAAAAGACCUGGUGGUGUAAUUGAUUUGUCAAACUCUGGUGAUUCAGACAUUGGUGGCUCUGAAGAUGUCCAGUGUUCUCAGUUACCUUUUACAGACUAUGAUUCCUAUGCAUCAUUAUCAGAAACCCAGAAUGAUUUUUCCAGUGACACCUCAAGUUUUGAUCGCCAGCUCUAUGAGAAGUGCCUAGAAGAUUCAAAGAAGAAGAAAAUUGAAAAGAAGACUAAGGAUGGCUUCACUAGGUUUUCUGCCACAGCUUUUAUGAAUGUGAUAUCUGCUCUAUCCCCUGAGAAGAAGGCUAUCAUUGAGAGUUAUGGUUUUGGAUCUUUGUUGAAGUUCAACAAGUGUUUCGUGCCGAAUAAGUUUGCUAACUGGGUUGCACGUCUAGUUGAUUCGAAAUCUGGUGACGUUAUCCGUGAUGGAAAGGUUAUUUCUCUUACUGAAGAAUCUGUUCAUUUGGUUCUUGAUCUCCCGAAAGGAAGCAGGUGUUUCCCAUCUGAUUCAAGUGCUGGUAGAGAUGCUGUCUUAUCAAAGUUUGGAAAGGAUAGAAUACCUUCUGUUUCAUUUUUUACUGACAAGUUAAUCAGUAAGGAUGAUUUACCAGAUGAGGAUAUGUUCAUUUGCUUCAUGAUAGUUGCUUUGAGUAGCUUUUUAUGUCCGAAUACCAAUACUGUUCCAAGUCCCAAGUAUUUUGGUGUUUUUGAAGAUAUUGAUCAGAUCAAGGAAUAUAAUUGGUGUGGUUUUAUGUUGGAUUGGUUGCUGGAGCAUAUAAAGGCAUUCACUAGAGGGAAGAAUGAGAAAUCAAAACGUUGUCAAGGUCUUGUAGUUUAA